CAGAGCUUUCCCGCGCUAAAGUCAUCCCCUUAUAAAGAGAACCCGCCAUUUCCACAUAAAAAAUUAGGGUUUCGAGUUCAAAAACUUACCGGAGAAGCUCUAUUUCAAAUCAGGCAUGACCGACCAUGAGGCGUCAGCCAUGGAAGUGGAGCGCCGCCAGUGGAAACCUCAAGAAUGUAGCGGAGGAGAAAGAGAAGUAGCAGUAGAAGAGGAAGAAGACCCAUUCCUUCAAUUCAUUGAAUACGCUAAGUCUGUUCUAUGUCCCGACGGUAACGGUAAUGGAGAUGAUCCAAAGGGACCUAGUUGGAGAUGGAUUGCUUCAAGGAUUCUCAAGACUUGCAUUGCUUAUUCCUCUGGAGUUACCUCCGCCAUUCUCCUCUCUGAUCUCUUUCAGGCUUGGAAUGAAUUGAAUAAGAGUGGAGCUCCAAAGAAACAGUCAGAAUGUAUUUUUCAGUUGAAGAAGAAACACAAGAGGGCAAAGCUUCCUAAUACUGUCACCAUUGACUCCAUAUAUGAGAAAAAGUUUUUAUCUUUGAACAGUGUAAUUGAAGCUGUUAUUAUAGACACUUACAUCCUUCCAGGAACAAACAUUUAUAUGCUUCAUCUGGGUGAUUUUUGGAGUUCUAAUACAAUAGAUCUGUAUCUUCACCGCAGCAAUAAAACUGAUAUAUCUGCCCUUUUCGUUGUAUUUAAGGGUGCAAAAGAAAUCCGAGACCAAAAUGAUGAUGCGAUGUUGCUUUUAGCACAAUUUUGUGAAGAUAACUUCUCUGCCAUUUCUCUCAGUGAUGUCAAUCGGGGGGUCUCCUAUUCAUUACGUGGAGGGAUUAAAUCUAUUACUUCUCUGGAGGUUCAAGGGAAGUAUGGUAGUUUGCAGAGGAAGCAAAUUGAUCUUGUUGAUCACGAAGGUGUCAGUUCAAAAUUUCUUUUGUGGGGUGAGCAGGUUCUGCUUGCAAACCUAUUCAGUGUGGGAAGUACGCUUGCCCUGGAUAGACCAUUUAUCUCGAGUUCAACGGAUAGUGCUGUUGAAACAUCUCAAGAAUGUUGCCUUGAAUAUGGUACUGCAACACAGCUAUAUCUGGUGCCCUUUGUUCAGAAUGAGGAGCAAGUAUCCCUAGCACUGACACAGAACCAUAACAAAGGACCAAAACUAUCAAGAGCUUUGGAUCCAAGUCAGGGACUUGUAGUCUCCCAGGUUUUCUUGCCUUGUGAUUCUCAAGGUUCUAUUGACUUCAGUAAUUAUCCUUUCCGAUCAUUUGUUGUUGAUCUUCGGGAGAAGAUGACUGGAAUAAGCCUCUACGGUAUUGUUUCUGACAUCACAAGUACUCAAGAGCCAGUACUUUCUGUUAAGAUUCAAGAUGUAACUGGUGCAGUUUGGGCAAGACUACAUUUUGCUCGAUCCUGGUCACUUGGGAGACUAGGACUGGGGCACACUAUUUACAUAUCUGGUUUGAUGUGUUCUGUGGGUACAGGAAAAAGCCUAGAAUUGCGGUGGGUUGAGAAUGACGUUGGAGCUUCAUUUAUUAAUAUUAGCUGCUUACCGGCGCUGCUUAACUCAUCUUGUCUUCACAAGUUAUCCUGCCUUUCUGAUUUAUCAGCCGAGCCUACUGGUACUCGCGUAUGUUCUCUUGCUUUGAACAUUGUCAUUCAUGUUCAAGAUCUCUCUGUAAAGGGCUGGGAUUUUUUGAAAUCACUAACUUUGUAGUAUAUCAGGGAUCAA